UUAAUUAUUUUCACUGCACUAAUAAACAUAAUUACACAAUUACACUGUCUUAAGAGCAUUUUGAUAAGCUUAUCAGUUAUCGUUUUCAGAUAAUUUGGUAUCAAAACGGCCGUUGAGUGUAAACUAAGCCUAAUACGUAGUAUCUUUAUCUUUGUUCAAUUCAAAUACUUUGAUGUUUGUCUAGUUUGAAGAAAAAGAACACAACUUGUUUUAUGAAAGCAUUUAAUUUAUUUUUGGUUAAAAGUAACUUGUUAUAUAAUAUAAAUAUUCAAUAGAUUUAGUAAUAAAUUAUUUCAUAAUUAUAAAAGAUAUUGACUUAGGCCCGUUGUACACAUAUGAAAGUGUUCCGAACCCCGUGACAUGUUUUGAUUUUGUAAUAAAUGAAAAUUUGGAAACAAAUUCAGAAUUUUAAUUCGAUUAAAGUGUCGCCAAUAGAGGGAGCUAGUCACAUAUUUUUGUUGUCAGAUGUGAAUAAAAUAAUUUGAAGGGGCAUUUAAUUCUGAAUAGAAAAGUCAAUUUUGUAUUAUUUUUCUUAUUAAACCACUCUGUAUAAUAAUUAAAAAAGUGAUUGUUAAGAAAAUUGCCUUAUUAAUCGUCACUGUCAAUUACCCCUUCUCUUUUUGUGACAGAAAACUAAAAAUAUUAGUUUAUCGAGGAUACUCGAUUUAAUUUAGUUAUUUUUGUUAAAAAUAAUUGAAAUAUUAUUUAUUUGCCUCAAUAGUUUUUUGAGAAUUGAAGGAAAAUGGCUGACGAAGAUGAAAUUGAUAUAUUGGGAGAUUUUCAACUCGAUUCUGAUACAAAUUUAUAUGAUGGGGGACCUUUAAUAUCACAAAAUUCGGAAUUAUUAAACUGUGAUUAUACCAUACAUCCACAAUGGUUGUUAGAUAGGCCAAGUACAAAUCCAGAUAAUUGGUAUGAUACGAGCGUAUCUACAAAUUCGUUAGAAAAGUCGCAACCACCAGAAAUUGAUGCCCUCGGUCUUCUAUCAACUGAAAAUUGUAUUACUGACGAAAGCGGUUGGACAGAAAAAGAAAAAAGCUUAUUAGAAAGUGGGAUGGAGAUUUUUGGUAAAAGCAACAUAAGAUUAUCUCAGUUUAUAGGAUCUAAAACGGCUCCAGAGGUGAAAUACUAUUUGAAAAAUUUUUAUUUGGAAAAUCACGUCAAUAAGAAAUCUAACGACAACGCUUCCGAGGGAGACAUUAUAAAUGGCACUCAUAUACCGGCUAGUAUUGAAGAAGUAGUUGCAGUAGUAAGUACAGCAAAACCGACUAUACAACUUCCUAUCCACAAUCCUCGAAAGAAAAUUACCUCGACGCUAAUGGAAGUUAAAGAUAGUGAACGGAGCAGGGAUAGAUCACCGUUAAAGAAGAAAUUCAGCAAUAAAAGUAAUAGGGCAGACGUGGAUAAAAUUCAUAGGAUCAUCGGCGGAAUGAGACCUAAAAGUUUCAAAAUUAAAUCGAAAAUGAAAUGUAACAGGAUUAUACAACAAGAAACUGAGGAAAAUAACGUAUUUAAGAGAGUUGAAAUCACAACCGGUCAAGGUUUGUCCGUACCAAUUUGCAAAGGAGAACAAAUAAUUAAGUUGAAGCAAACAUCAGAAGAUUCCGAUACAGACGUCGAAGUAGACGUGGAAGUUUCCGACGAAGAAACAAAACCAGAAACCGCAAAUUUACCAACAGCAACUUCCAAUAUUGAUAGUAACGUAAAACAACUACCGGUAGAUGUACGAAAAGACCCCAUCGAUUUGUCUAAAGUCAGCGAAUCCGUAUCAAAUGAAUUGAAAACCUUGGAAAUUCCUAAAAACGAACUCGGUUUAGGUGACGAAAUCACCGAUAUAGAAAAAAUAUUGAACUGUGAUUAUUUCACUGGUAAUUCAUCGAAAACACCAGAUAGAUAUUUGAAGAUACGUAACCAUAUAGUGAACGGUUGGUUGAAACAGAAACCGAAGUAUCUCAACAAAACCAUAAGUCGACAGGGUUUAAAAAAUUGCGGGGACGUCAAUAGUUUCGGUAAAAUACAUUUUUUUCUAGAGCAAAUCGGAGCUAUUAACUUCGGUUGCGAUCAAGUAAACUACGAACGACCUUUGAUUGAGGUUUUACAGGAAAAAAUGGCGGCCAAAGAAAAAAAGAAAAACGAAAAUAAAAACGCUAUAAGAGAUUCGAACGUAUCUGGCAACAGGAUGAGGAACAAAACGAAAUUCAACAACGACGGAGAAGGAGGAUAUACCAUGUCACAUGACGAACAAGGUCGCGUUAUAAAACAUACGAUAGUAAACGAAAAUCAAGUGGUUAAAGCGAAGCCCUGUAUAAGAAAACCGAUAAUAAGACUCGUUUAUUGCCGCCCAUUUAAAAAUAAUAAAUCCCAACCGUACCAAAUUAAAAUCAACCUACCGACUUUAUUAACCAUGGAUUUCCAUUCGCAUACUUGUUUAUCGGAAAUAAUGGGACUAGUGGCCGGUUAUUGGUCGUUGGAACAACGAACUAUGUUCAUAAAUCAUUACGAACCGUGCCUUAAUAUGGCCUCUUCGGCCACACACUGUGAUAUGUGUCCUAUUUCGCAAGCCAAAGCCACAGAUUUAAUACACGAAAAAGGUUUGGAUAUCAUGGGAUGGUUCCAUUCGCAUCCAACUUUCGCUCCGGAACCUUCCAAUCAGGAUUUGGAAACUCAACAAUCGGUUCAACGAUGGAUAGGUAAAGAUAAACCUUGCAUCGGUAUGAUAAUGUCACCGUUCAGUUUGAACGGGGCACUCGUCGCGUCACCUUUUACAUGUAUGAUAGUUCAUCAAGAAACUAAUGUCUCAGAUGAUAAACAACUGAUACCGUACAAAUUUAAUGUCGAAGUCGAGGCGAUACCAUUCGAUUUGGACGAAUUUAUGAAAAAUAUCACGAGAAUUUUGAGAUUCGAUGUCGGUCAAAAAGAUAAAAUCGAUUUUCUGAAACCGUAUUGUCACAGUCCGAAUAUUACGUUUAUGGAAAAAUACAUUACCAGCGUUCGGAUGCAUUUGGCUAAAGUGGGAACGUUGGAUAAAGAAAUCUGCGAACGAAUUAUCAACGGUAUCAAAAAUAUUUGCGGUUCUAGUAACUUUUAAUUUCGAUUCAAUCAAAUUUCAUCGUUUUUUUUUUCUUGUAUAUUGUUUAUUUGAACAAAUAAAGUGUAUUUUGAAAAA